AUGCCAUCGGUCGACGACAUCGAUUGUGAGACCCACGCAGAUGCAAUCGCGCGGGUCAAUGGAGUGAUUCCCGGGGAGCGCGGGAAAUCGCUCGACCCCGGCGCAACCUUCCAUCAAGAGGUAGUUUGGCGUGAGCAUAGCGGGUUAGAGGCCGUUCGUAACCGAGGAGGCUGGCCGCAAGAGGAUAUUUUCGUAGCGAACAACUUCGUGAACAAUGACAUCCCGUCAUUGCGCUUCUCUGCGUCCAACAACUCGGAUUGCGGGCUCCACUCGGGGGUGACAUCCCCUGCGUCAACUUCUUCAACGGGCUGUUCGAGUCAAAGCGCACAAAUGCCGUUCUCACUGUUCCACCGCAAGCGGCAGAACUCGGACCUCGAGAUGCCCGACGGCUUCGUGACGCCGCCGAUCCACACGCUGAUGUAUCGGGCACAGAUGGCCAAGCUAGGCAACGCUGCGAGCCCACCGGCGCCGCCCGACCUUGUGCCAAAGCCGACGCCUAGUCCGCAGCUGAGCACGUCGUCUAAGCCGAAAGACAAACGCUGGAAGCUAUCCAACUUCUUCAAGCGAAAACCUGCGAAAGUAGCUGACAGCGAAGACGCUUCGUCGUCUUCCAGCGGAUCCGAUCUCGGUCCGGACUCAGAUUACGAAAUCAAACGGGCUCGGAAACUGAAGAACCCGUUGACCAACGGGAAUGCUGCGAGACUCUCCGGACUGUCCCCGGACAGUCUCGUCGCCCCCUCGCUCAAAUCCAUGAACGCGAUUCCCGUCGUGGCCAGGCGACGCUGGGCGAGCGGUGGGAGUCCCUCCAGUGGUUUCCUCGACACGUCCAAGGCCAGCAGCGACAGCUUGUCCAAAGAGCGGAAGCGGAGUUCCUGGAAAGCUCGUGCUGAGGCCCAGCGCCGAGAGCAAAUCGGUGCCGGAAGUGCGACGGAGACGGAAGAUGAGUGCUUCGGUUCCGCGUCGAAUCGUAGCAGCCAUCGUAUGUCUUACGCUUCGUCCCCAUCGCUCAACUCCUUGAGUCCCUCGCGCCAAGGCCCGCCGAAACACAAGUCUCGGGCUGCCAGGACCGAGCGUUACAUCAAGCGCUUGUCCCGCGAUGAGGAAACGUCUCAACUGACUCCACCGCCCGGUCCGCAGGAGCCUGUGACGGAUUCGUGCGUUUAUUACGGCAAAAACUGGACAGCUUUGGUAUCUUACGAAACCCGACCUCGGAUCGAAACGAAUCAUGUGGCCAAGCUGCCGUCGGCGCCGGCGACGCCGACGCAAAGUCCCAGUCCCGGACUUCGUUUCCCGAGGCCGUUGUCGUCACAAAAUUUCAGCCCGAUGGCAACCUACUACGCUUAUCCUCGACAAUAUUAUCCGCAAUAUCCCCCGAGUCGGCACUCCAUGCUGCCGGGCAAUGAUCCGCAAUUCCAGGGGUCUAAUAGAGAUUGUGGCGUGCCUUUCGUUGGCCAAGGUGACGGCUCAGCUGUCGGAGACCACACUGCACAAUACAGAAGUGUUCAUCGACCCUUUCAAGACUGUAAUCGCCCGGAAGAACCGGAGCGAAGGCCUUACAUCGAAGACGGUGGAAGAGUUAUGGGUCCUUACCCGGUUUACGGCGGCAAUGUCCUUGCAUCACCGAAGGUCGUCCGCGCCGCCGUGGCGCCGGAGGAAGUGCCAUUCGCCCGGCCCCCGACACCGCCGCCGCGACUGCCGAGCAGCAAGCAAAGCGUGGCUGUCAACCGUCCCAUGUCGCUGAUCAUCGGUUCGGCGGGUGUAUAUGCCAAGUCACACCUUGGGCAUCCAUUCUCGCAGCAAGGGCACAAAUUGAUGUCAUUUUCUAGUCCUCCGUUGGGUCGAGGUCGUGCCUGGGAACCACAUCCGCGCAGUGUAUCACCGCCGGUUCUUCCGCAGCCGAAAAUCAAGCAGCAGUAUCAAGUCAUAGAUGUGCCUCCGGCAGCCAACGUGACGCAGCAGUGGAACCCAGGACGAGUCGCUGCGAAAGGUCCGAGCAUUGAAAAAUGCCCGGGACUCUUUGGGAAACCUUGCGACUCACACGACACCGCCGCAGGAUUGUUGUUGCCAUCAAGUCGUUAUCAGAGGACUCCCGUUGAUCGCAUCAAUGGUUCGGGUCUUCCAGCGAAGCCAGGCUUUCAAGAAAGACAAUUCAAUUCGGUAGCUCCUCGAGUGGCGUCUUCGCUUACUUCACUAAGUGACGCCUCCUCAUCCAAUAAGAACACCAAGAUAAUAGCCAAGAAACUCGGGAUCAUUGCAAAUGAUCGCUGCGACUCCGCUUUGUCGUCCUGCAGUUUGCAAAGUGCCCCUUGGAGCGUCGACGGCGGUCGAACCCGGGAGCCGGUACGAGUUCGUGCGUCGGGUUUUUCCAGCGACAGUGGCUGGCGUCGGUCGUUCCCAGUGCCGCCUCGCGGUCUACCCGAACAGCGUCCUAGUAACCUGGUGCUUGAUUCGUCGUCCGCUGUUUCUCGUACUCGACGCUCGGGACUCACUGCCGUCACGCCACAACCAGAGCCAGCGAAAGUGCCUGUCUCUCGCAGCAACUUCGACUUCGAGCAAGCUCUGCACGAAUUGGAAACUAUUUAUGCAAGCUUGAACCUCGACGACGAGGAGUUGCUGGACCGUGCUGAUCGGCGAGAAGCUGCGUGUCUCUAUGAGAAACACAUGAAGGCAAAGGGAAGCGCCGGAGAUAGAAACCCGAGUGCCAUGCCACCACAUCCCCUGGCCGUCAUGCGUCGGAAGACCAUCGCCUCUUUCCCGGAUAAACUCAACGACGACAUGGCAUUCCGCCGGGCGCAGCUUGCUCAGAAAUUCCCGGAAGGCAAACCUGUGUCCCCAUUCCAGGAGCGCUCCAACAGCUACUUGCUGGUGUCACCGGCGUUGUCGCCUGCGAUCAGUUUCGAAUUUUUCGAUCCUGCUAUGCUGCCUCCUGCAUCUUCUCGUGAGCCGGACAUUACCCACGAUGACGUAUCCUAUCGUAACUACAGGGAUGCAAACGUGUCGAAAAUACUAGAUCCGCAGCCUCCUUUCGGCAUCCCAUUGGGGCCUCUUCCCCAGAGCUCUCCAAAUGACUACUUGCACGCACAGCCGGUCCCUAAACCUCCGGUGAAUUCGAAAGAACCUGAUUGUGUCCUCGAUGACAUGGCAUUCAGGAAUUUACGGAAAGACCUCAAAGACCGCAGUGCGACCAACUCGCCGACGCCUCUGAUGAUCCGUAGCGUGAAGAAAGAUGGCUCGGUGGACGUUGAAGGGUUGGAGCGACUCCUAGAGACCGUCGGCACAACUUCGGAUGGCGGUGAACCCAACUCGUCUAUAGAAGAGGACAUGCGGAUAGAAUGGACCCAAAAUCCAGGCUGGCACAGGUCUGUAACUCCUAGCCCGGUUUUCCAGCGUGGAAGAUGUAAUCUUCCGAGCUUGGCAACGAAGUCUCGCAUGCGCAACGCUAAACGUUUCUCGUCUCAUCCGGAUCUGCGUCGAGCCGAUGCUGCUGUCGGAGUUGGUCUCGUCAACAAAUUUUUUUGUGUCAUGCCACUGCCGAUUGAAAGAGGGGAAACUCCACCGGUUAAGAAGCUUGCGUACGGCGGCUCUCCGAGAAUAUUAGCGGAGAUCUUGCAGUCGCUCGACAAUAAACCGUUGCUGAAACCAGCUGAAUCCGUUCCCGAGCUUCGGAAAUCAGAAGGGAUAUUCACCCCAGAUGAUGCAGAUGUUGAUCACCAGCAGUUUCUCAGUAAAUUUCCGAAGAAAAAAAAGCUGCCGGUGAUCGACUUUGGUCCCGGUCCAAUCGGGGCAAUCGCAGCGUUAGCUCAAAAACUCAGUGCCGAAGAGGACGUGGAAGAUGAAUUACCGAAACCAACCUCGGUUUCGGUGUCGAUUGUGGAGGUACCAAGCAGCUCGGCGACAAUGUUUAGUGCCAUUCGUUCUGCCAAAGGGUCUCAACCGGAGCCCGUGGAGAUCGAAGUCAUAGAACCUAAGCCGAUAGUUCUUGAAGACACGAAGCCGAAACAUGCAGAGGUCAUAAUUUUACCGCAUGACCAAGACGAGCGAGCUGUGAUCACGAGUCCCGAUGACGACGCGACGAUAUCGAGCAAGGACUGUGACACUGGCACGAGGACCUCGACCCUCAGCUCGGAAGAGUCCGGCAUUUUCUAUUCGUCGUCUCCUCAGUGUGAAGAUUCGCCGAAGGUCCACCCUAUACCCAAACCAAGGAAGUGGAAUCUUCAGAAAUCCGCGCUGGUGACGCUGAAUGAUUCAACGACGCUGACACCACCGAGAGCGGAGGAAAUGAUGACAUCGACUUCAAAUCACUUCGCUGACACUGGAGCCUUUGGAACCGAAUCGACGGAUAUUGAUCCAUCUUCAGGUGAGCUUUCAGCGACAAAAUCGAAGCUCGCGCGUGACACCCAAAACCCGCAAGAUUUGAUCCAGGUCUGCGCGGACAAUUCCAUGUUCUGGAUCGUAUGUUAUUUAAUUGCGUUUCUUCACUUUUGUCUCGGCAUGGAUGUUUUCAUGAUGUGCACCACGAUGAUCGCAAUUUUGGCCUUUCUUUGCGCUCUGUUUCUUUGACGUGCAGAUUCGAGUCCUUGGUAGUAUCCUUCGUAGACUGAGAUUUACUUCGACAAACCCCUUCGUUGCUUUUCCUAUUGCCACGUGGCCUAUGUCUUGCGCUGAUUCGUUUUGUCCACGAUCUUGUCUUGCACAUUCUUACAGGCAUUCCUGUCGUAGAUCAUUUGAAUGUGUAACACGCAUAUUUUCUUGCCGUUCUCCGUUUCAAGAGUUUGUGUCGCUGCGGCGUCGAACAGGCGACUCAGCUAUUAGGAAGCUCGGUUCCUUGGCAAUUAUUCACACAGAACCAGUAUUCAUUUCUGCGGCAUGCAAACCUGUGUUAACAAUUAGUGUAUUUUUUUUUAUUCAUUAAUAAUAUUUUUAAAACCACCGCACAAAUGGACCAGUUCGGCGAAGCAUGUCCGUGCUUUACUACACGAUUGGGCAUUUCUUUGUUUAGCAAUGAGUAGGGUGAUUUUUUCCUUGCGAACGCUGUACAAAUUUUCGCAUUUCCGCGUUGAUUUAAUUCGAAGUAGUCUUUAUUAUGGGGAUUGGUCGGUUUAUCUUUUCUGUGUAGAUUCUUAGCUGUAUUAUGGGAUUUCUUCUUUCCCUAUUGGAAUCUUCAAUCGAUGCUUAACACGAUUCACUUAUUUUCUUUCCAUCUUGCCUUCCUUCUCCUGUCACCCUCCACGAGUAGCUCAUUCCCGAUCGUGGUUGGGGCCGAAGAGGACGACUGACAUUGGCGACGUCUGACGAUCGUCAGGCAUUUAACAUGGGCAGACUAAAUUUCCCUGGUUAGAAGAAGCCUAUGGUCAACCAUUAUCCCUGCUCUCUGCUGGUGCGGGCCUGGCUACUUGCGCCUUCUGAGUACUGUAUGAAACUCUUCGUUUGCAACGUCUUCAGGUCAUGUCAUCUGCUCAAGGAAUUUGUGGACCAAAAUUUCGUCUUCUGCCGAGUUGUUCGUUUUUAUCGGAGCAUCUGUGUCACUGCCGCGUGAAUCAGUUUCUUCGAGUCGUAAAAUCUUUUCAGGAAAUAACCGUCGAGGGCAACAGAUGGGAAUUUCUGCUUAAAUUAUUUUUCUGUUGAAAAUAUUUCUUCUCUGCUUGAUUAGUUCAACGAUUGAUGGCUUACAGGUAAUGCUUAAUUUUGGAUUCAAUCUUGGAACUUUGAUCUAGACAGACUUGACUCAUGCUCCAAUUUAGAUGCCCAUGUUUGUUUUAAUAUUGAUGCACGAAUUUUAAAUUACAUCUUAUUCAUCACGAUCAUGGCUCGUCUUGCUUAAAUUGAACUCGUCAAAUUUGUGGAUUUUUCUCGAUUUUGAUGCUUUCGUUUUCUCGGGGUUGAAAAAUGAAAAUGUAUUCAGCUCUCACGGACGCUACUCAAAAACAAGAGCAACGGAUUAUUCUUUUUCCUUUUUGGUCAAUUUCUAGAGACAAAUUUCCAUUUGCUGUUUAAUGGGAAAGGAAAUUCGCGUUUUCUAUUGUUCGUGAUAACUGUGAAUUGAUUGCGAGAUUGCAUGUACGUAUGUGACGUAUUUAUGUUUGUAAGGAAGCGCAAGCGUGAAACUUGACUGUCAUUUUAAAGUAUAAAAUUUUCUGAAUCCCGAGAGUCUUUCGAACGCUGGAUAUCGAUGGGCAUGCAAUAUUUUUUUUUCGCUUCCCCGCUCCGAUUCUGGCCAUUGCAGUUUGAACAGAAAAAGUUCUGAAGACGGAGAGCCCUUUUUAUUUAAAUUCGAUUCAAUGAGGAUGUUGGUUACCGACUCUCUCGAAGAUGAGAGACAACAAUACUUUACGUGUGUGCCAUAAACACAGGUACACAGCCUGAUGCGGAUUCGCGAAGAAACGCAGAAGCUUUAUGAAACCUCGUUGAUUUUCUGCAGGAUAAUUUUUUCCUCGCCGACGCGCUUCGGAAGCGGUACUAAUCAGCUUCUCCCUUGGCUUGGAUUUCUUUACGUAUAGUGAGCAUUAUUUUUGCUUCGUCGCUUUUUAUUUCGGCGAUUUUUUACUAUGCAACUUGCGACUAGCAACGAGAUUAAUAAAGUCACUUAUUUAGCUCCUAUCAA